AUGGGCGGCGCCGGCGCGAGCGACGCGCGCGCGCGACAGUGGCCGUUCAGUGUCGUGCGCGCGAGCGACGCGGACGCGUUCGUCGACGCGCUCGGCGGCGACGCGACGCGCGUGUUGACGCGCGCGGAAGAUGUGAAAAAGUACAGCGUCGACUGGAUGGGGAAAUACGUCGGCGCGAGCGCGGUGGUGGUGCUGCCGCGAACGACGGAAGAAGUUUCGAAAGUCAUGCGUCACUGCCACGCGCGGAGGAUCGCGGUGGUGCCGCAGGGAGGGAACACGGGGUUGGUGGGCGGCGGGACGCCGACGCGAGACGAAGUCGUGGUGUCGCUGGAGCGCAUGCGAGAUAUCGUCUCCAUCGACGAAGACGCGGGAUGCGCGGUGUGCGAGGCGGGAGUGGUGUUAGAGGAGCUGGAGAGCGCGGUGCGCGCGCGAGGGAUGACGGUGCCUCUCGAUUUAGGGGCGAAAGGGAAGUGUCAAAUGGGCGGGUGCGUGUCGACCAACGCGGGCGGUUUGAGAUUGUUGCGAUACGGCAGCUUACGGGGAAGCGUGCUCGGGUUGGAGGUCGUUUUACCGAACGGGGAUGUACUGGACCUCGUUCGCACGCUGCGGAAAGACAACACGGGGUACGAUUUGAAGCAACUCUUCAUCGGCGCCGAAGGAACGCUCGGCGUGGUGACAAAGGUGGCGAUUUCCACGCCGCGCGCGCCGCGGAGCGUAAACGUGGCUUUGUUCGGCUUGGAAUCGUUCGCGAAGUGCGUUGAGAUGCUCAAGCUCGCUCGAGGGCUCCUCGGGGAAAUUCUGAGCGCGUACGAGUUUUUCGACCGAGAAAGUUUGGACUUGGUCUUGGCCCAACUCAGCGGCACGCGAGACCCUCUACCCGGGAAGCCGUGCGAGUUUUACGUCGUCAUCGAGACCAGCGGUAGCGAUGCGAAACACGAUACCGCUAAACUCGACGCAUUUUUGAACGUCGUCAAGAGUCAGCGCAUCGUCGUCGAUGGCGUCGUGGGUAGAGACGAGAAGCACGCCUUCGCGUUGUGGACUCUUCGCGAACGCAUAUCGGUGGCGCUCAAGUACGCGGGCGCGGUGUACAAAUACGACCUUUCACUGCCGACGGCUCGCAUGUACAAUUUAGUCGUCGUAUUGCGCGAUCGUUUACGUCCGAUGUUCGGAUCGCGGGUGAAGGUGCUCGGAUACGGGCACGCGGGAGACGGAAAUUUGCAUUUGAAUGUGUCGUGCGCGGAAUACGACGACGCCAUCGAACGUGCGAUUGAGCCGUUCGUGUACGAGUACACGCGCGAUGAACGGGGAAGUGUCAGCGCUGAGCACGGGUUAGGGGUGAUGAAGGCGGAAGAAAUUCACUAUAGUAAAGACGCCAAAGCCGUCGAACUCAUGGCGACGAUGAAACGCGCGCUCGAUCCGUUCGGGAUCAUGAACCCGUACAAGGUCCUACCGGCCGCUGCAGUGGGUUUGAGUAAACUGUAG